UAUAUCUGAUGGUGUCUUCUCUGCAGGCGGACGCUUCAAGAAGGAGAUCGUGGUGGACGGGCAGAGCCACCUGCUGCUCAUCAGGGACGAAGGGGGCCCCCCGGAGGCUCAGUUUGCUCUGUGGGUGGACGCCGUGAUCUUCGUCUUCAGUCUGGAGGACGAGAUCAGCUUCCAGACGGUUUAUCACUAUUUCAGCCGACUGGCAAACUUUAGGAACGCCGCCGAGCUGCCACUGGUGCUGGUGGGAACUCAAG